AUGAAGAAGUCAGCGAACAUAAAAAAGGUCACUGACUUUGUUCUUACGAUUUCAGAUAGUGAGGAUGAAGUUCCGGACUAUGACGAGGACUCUGACCUGGAGACAAAGGAGGGAGACUCAGCAAAGCCAGAUACCGUGAACAAGACUAAAAAGACGAAAAAGUCAAAGAAGUCUGCCAGAAAAGAAGAAGAUGCGGACAAAGAGCUUUUGAACCCAAAUUUUGUGUUCUCACUUGACACAGCAGAUUCCAUCGGAACCGAGUUUACUGGGUGGGAUUUCGAUGUGGAAGAAAAGAGCGAGAAAAAAGAGGACGAUGUGAAGAAGACUGUGGACCUGGACACCAUCAUCAGAAGAAAGGGUGGUCUCUCUGAUAUUGCUGAUGUGAACAGUGAAGAAGAGAUUGAGUCUGCAGGAGAAGCUGACAGUGAUGAUGAAGAACUAGCAUUGGACGGGUUCGGUAUGGGUUCGGCAGCUGUCCCCACAGUUGAUGAAGAGAGUCAAGAUAACAGCGACUCGAGCUCCGAAGAAGAAGACGAAAGCGAAGAUGAAGAAGAAGGAGAAAUCAUGCAUGGCUCAGGUGGUGAGGAAGAAGAAGUCAAAGAGGACACUGCUGAAGACAUGGCGGAGUUCUAUGCUCCAGAUGGAGAUAGUACAUCUGUGUCUACAGUGCACACGGACUUCCAGAGUCUGAACCUUUCAAGACCUCUUUUAAAGGGAUUGUCAGCUUUGGGAUAUACAAAGCCCUCGCCUAUUCAAAGUGCCAGUAUUCCAAUCGCUUUGCUUGGAAAAGAUAUCGUUGCCGGAGCCGUGACAGGUUCUGGUAAGACAGCGGCAUACAUGAUUCCUAUAAUUGAGCGUCUUCUCUAUAAGCCAGCCAAAAUUGCAUCCACUAGAGUUGUUGUUUUGGUGCCAACUCGUGAGCUGGCAAUCCAAGUUGGUGAUGUUGGAAAGAAGAUUGGACAGUUCGUCAACGGUCUGACGUUUGGUCUGGCUGUUGGUGGUUUGAACUUAAGACAGCAAGAACAGGAACUUAAGCAAAGACCGGACAUUGUCAUUGCCACUCCAGGUAGAUUUAUCGAUCAUAUCCGUAACUCUGCCAGUUUCAAUGUCGACAGUCUCGAAAUCUUGGUAGUUGACGAGGCCGAUAGAAUGUUGGAAGAAGGUUUCCAAAAGGAGCUGACCGAAAUCUUGUCUCUGAUUCCUUCCAAGAGACAAACUUUGCUGUUUUCCGCUACUAUGAACUCGAAUAUCAAAUCUUUGAUUCAAUUGUCGUUACAGAGGCCUGUGAGAAUCAUGAUUGAUCCUCCAAAGCAAGCUGCUACUGGAUUGUUGCAGGAGUUCGUACGUAUCAGGAAAAGAGAAGCGUCCAAGCCAGCUCUUCUUUUCAACACUCUGGCUAACCUGGAUCUCAAACAGCAGAUCAGAGUGAUUGUCUUCGUGGCGAGAAAGGAAACGGCUCACAGAUUGAGAAUUGUGCUGGGGCUGCUGGGAUUGAAAGUUUCGGAACUGCAUGGUUCUCUUACUCAAGAACAACGUUUGCAGAGUAUUACUGACUUUAAACGGCUUACUGUGCCAGUUCUGAUCUGUACAGAUUUGGCUGCUAGAGGUCUGGAUAUCCCCAAGAUUGAGGUGGUGAUCAACUUCGACAUGCCUAAAACUUAUGAGAUUUACUUGCAUAGAGUUGGUCGUACUGCUCGUGCUGGUAGAGCGGGUAAGUCCAUAACUUUUGUGGGCGAGUCCUCGCAGGACCGUUCCAUUGUCAAGGAUGCAAUCAGAGGAAUUGAGAAUCAAGAAGGUAAGGCUGUUGGCAGAAAUGUCGACUGGAUCAAGGUCGAAGAGGUCAAUAAGCUCAUCACGACCAAGCAGGAAGUGAUAGAAGAAGUUCUGGAAGAAGAAAAGCAGGAGAAAGAAAUGCUGCAGGCUGAAAUGGAAUUACGCAAAGGUGAGAACCUGUUGAAAUACGAAAGCGAGAUUGCAUCCAGGCCGAAACGUACCUGGUUCCAGACCGAAAAGGAAAAGAAGGACGAUAAGCUGUUACCUGCAAAGAGGAAGGUUCUCAAUAGCAAAAAGCGUAAAGCUUUGGGAGAGAGGGAAGAUGGAGGAAAGUCAUACAAGAAGACCAAGACUGACCGUGUGAUGGAUCAGAAGAGAUCCUACGCUAAGCAGAAGGUCAGAUUGGACAAAAAGAAGAAGAAGAAGGGCAAGAAAUAA